AUGAAUCAAAACGAUUUAUUUCUCAUUGAAGGACUAAAAUUUUAGAAGGGUAACAAAUAAGCUAUCUUUUUGAUUCCUUAAGGAAAUGGUUUGAAGAUGAUUGUAAUAAUUAAAUUGAUUUAGAACACUCUUAAUCAUUCCUUGUUGUUAAAUAUUGACUUUUGUGAUGAAGGAGUUAUUUUCGAUUGGAGUGCUUACAUAAAUAACAAGAAUGAUGAGAAUCUAUAUUUCAUAAUACAUUUUUAUGGAUAGUUAUACAAAGUCUUUGGAACUCCAAAUUAAUUAGAUUCUAUGUACGAAUUUUCUGCAGGAAAAUUCAUUUUUUUAAAGAAUGACAUUUACACUUUAGAUACUAUAAAUGAGUCUAUGUCUACAUAUCAAGUAUAUAUAUAUUUUAUUUAUAGUUAAAGACAAUAAUUAAUAGACUUAAUGGUAAAAAAUAUAUUGAAAAAAGAAUUAAUUAAAUAGAUUCAUAAUAAAUAUCCAAUUCAAGUAUCACAGAUUUUGGAUGUGAAAAAGUACCAGAAGAAAUACGAAUUAUUUAAUUAUUAAAUAUACAACGAUGUCCUUACAUCAUGAAAAUAGAUUAACUAACAUUUGAUGGGGAAUGCUAUUCAAUUAUUUAUUAAAGUUAAACUUAAAUAUCACUAAGACAAAUAUUAAAAAAAUAUAAGAAUCCUCCAGUAUCUUUUAUCAUUGAAAUAUUAGAAUAACUUCUUUUAGGUAUUAAUAAAUAAUUUAAAUUUAGUUCUAAACAUCUUUGAAGAGCUAAAAAUAAUUCAUAAUGGAAUUACUUUAGACAAUAUAUGUUAUUCUUAAGAAUUCAAUUCAAUAUAUAUGUGUAAUUUCUCUCAUUCAAUUUUUGAAACUCAAAAUCAAUCACUAAUGUAUUAUUAAUCUAAAUUUUAGAAAAGGUAAUUCUAUUGGGUUUGUUCCACCAGAAUAAUAUCAAAUUAAUUAACAUAUAUCUACUUCAGCCAAUAUAUACUAAUUAGGAGUUCUAUUAUACUAUAUGUAUGCAUAACAAUUCUAAUUUAGGUUAUUUAAUGAAAACCCUUUUGGAAAGGAUUAAAAAAAUAUAUUAUUAAAUAAUAUUGCUGGAAAAUAUUAAAUUCCAAAUACAAAAUAGGAUAAGAAUAUUAUUGAAAUUAUGAAAUCAAUGCUAUAAAAGAAUCCUUAUAAAAGGAAAACAUCAAAAGAAUAUUUGACAUCAAAGAUUUUUAUGCCUUUAUAUAGAUCAAAGAUUUCAAAACAUAGUUUCUUUUCAUUUUUUUAAGACAAUUUUAAUUUAAAAAUUGAUGAAUAUGAAGUUGGGGAAGAUCUUAAUUUUAUUUAGUGUGUGAAAUCAUUGUCAAUACAUAAAGGGAUGAAGAAAUGA